CCUUCCAAACUGACCGCCCCGGCCCUGGCAAAGGCAAAAGGUGGAGCCAGCCCACCAGCCAACCAACGACCCGGCUGGUGCCGUCAGCUAGAAAAGGAGGGCAGCGCCCAACGCUCAACGUCUUCCCUUCUUUGCCGGCAAAAGCGGGCGGAAACGAGUCCUGUCAUCUGAGGCACUCAGCCUAGCCGGUGUGGCAAAACGCUUCCUCUUGUCUCCGCGUAGUGGCUAGGACUGAGAUGAGAAUAAGACAGAUUCCCAAGAACACCCCUCACUCUUCACGGUUAUUGCUCUUAACUUCUAUUUCUUUGGACAGCGGAAUUAGGCCCUGAAGGUGAACCAGCCAUAUUGAAUGAGGGCAGACCUGUCAGGGUUCCUCUGUUACAGACAUGCGCAAAAAUGUACCUGUCGGACAUGGAGAGAAGAGGGAGGGGAAAGUGCGCUUCGGAUGACGGUAAUUUUCUUCGCCGGAAAAGGAGGUUUUCUAUGGAGAGGCUGGUGGGGUGCUGGGUCUGUUUCAAGAUUUUGAAAUAUUAUGGCUGAGAGGUGGACCAGUGGACACUCCUCUUCAAUACUAUGUUUGAAUGUGAGCAAAGAUAGUUUGGUGGCUUCUGGAGCGGAAGGAGGAGAACUGACCAUCUGGACUGAGGAAGGGAAUCGAAUAGAACAGACAUGGCUUCAGAAAGCAGAUGAUGUUACUUGUGUUGUAUUUUCUCCUACCUGCCCCAAGAGACUAUACACUUCUCAUGGGGAAACAGUUAGUGUGUUGGAUAUCAGAUGUCUCAAAGAUCCGGUUGAAAGUUUUCAUGUGAAUGAGGAGGAGAUCAAUUAUCUUUCAGUAAAUGAAACAGACAGUCUUUUAGCUGCUGCAGAUGAUUCUGGAGCCAUAAAGAUAAUUGACUUGGAAAACAAGAAACUAAGCCGCUGCUUGAGUAGACAUGCAAAUAUUUGUACCUCGGCUGUGUUUCGGCCCCGAAGACCUCAAUGCCUUGUUUCAUGUGGUCUGGAUAUGAAGGUUAUGCUGUGGAAUCUGAAGAAAACUCGGCCUCUCUGGAUCAAAAGCUUGCAGGAGGAGGAAGCAGAAGAUCAGUCAGCUGGCCAGCUUUUUAACCCUCCCCUGAUCCAUUCACUGUCUGUUUCAGCUUGCGGCAAUAUUUUUGGCUGUGGUACUGAAGAUGGUAAAAUCAGAAUCUUCCGGGUUAUAGGUACCAAGUUUGAACAAGAGACGGCAUUUAAAGGGCACUCCUUAGGGGUGUCACAGGUUUGCUUUCUCCCAGACAUUGAAGCUUAUUGGUUGGUUACAGGAGGAAAUGAUGGCAAAGUAUUGCUGUGGAAUGUCAGCAAUGACCUAGGCAAACAGAAGUUUCCAGUAAAAACCAUUCACAGACAGAAGAUUAGGAUGCACAACUCCACAAAAAAAGUUGACAAAAUGAAUGCAGAGUUUACAAAUGAGAGUGUACCAAUUUCACCAAAAUUGACCAUUGAACACGGAGAAAAGGUGAACUGGAUUUCAUAUGUGGAGAUUAAAGGUUCUAAGAGAAUACUUGUUGCUGAUCAGACUAGCAGUAUAACUGUCUAUCCUAUUGCUGAACCUUAGCUGUGACUGUCAGGUUGGGCUAAACCAUUUCUCCAAUGCACCUUCUCCUUUAUUACCUCCAAUAAAUUAAACCAGCUGCAACUAAAA